AUGGGCUCUGUCGUCCUCAACCACGUGCCGUCGGAUCACAUCGACAUGUUGGGAGGAGCCAUCAAUUCGGAUUCUUAUUCUUGCGUGUCUAUGGACACCCACUCAACGUCUUCCUCCAACACCCCCACCUCUGCCCCACCGUCCGUAGGCUCUGCUCGGCUUCCUGUGCAUGCGAAUGAUGUACCGGCUUACAUCAACUCAUACACACCUUCACAAGCUUCCACAGGCUCCUCUUCCGAUACUCCCACUUUCACCCCACGUCCGCCUUCAAUGACGUCUCAUCCGGGCGCUUUUCCUCACGACUCUUAUUCUUCAACACGUACCCCACCAACCCAGAGCGGAAGCAACCCAUACUCUUCUAAUCAGUCGGCGCCGGAUUCACCGCGUCUCCAACCCACAUACCAGUCCAUGCAGUCUGUACCAGGCUCAGAAGCCAAUUCACCGAGUCGCAUUCGCGUCCAAAGCUUAUCCCAUAUCCAGAGUCUCGCUAAUGAGGACUUGGUGGGAUCGCGGAGCUCACACAAUCCCGGAAAUGGAUCGCACCAACGACAGUAUGAGAUCAGCUCCAUGCCGGUCACGGAGAUCAUCGAGAUGGUCGCUGGGCUAUUGACCAAGAUCACAACUACAAACGAUGUACAUCACGAACAUGUACAUCGCCAUAUUCCCCCGCCCGAAGGUACCUCCAACCUCAGCCCGCAGGCUACCAGCGUGCUUGCAUUCCAUGGCAAGAAUGUCCCGACCAUCACAAUUUUGAGUUAUUUGACUCGCAUCCACAAAUAUUGUCCUACAACAUACGAGGUUUUUCUAAGCUUGCUGGUCUACUUCGACCGCAUGACUGAGCUAGUCAACCGCAACCAGCUCGACCACCUACACCAACGCUGGGACUCCGCGGAAGGAUCCGAAACUUCGUCCACAGCUACCGAAUCUCCAGGAUCUCACCAGAUGCAGGAUUCUUUAAUGGCAACACCACCCCACUCAUCAGAUUUUACUGCGCAGGACUCGCAAGGGUCGAAUUCUUCAAAUUCGCCCGGCCUUUCACCUCAGUCGGAUACUGAGGCACUUUCACAUUUCUUCGUCGUUGAUAGUUUUAAUAUCCAUCGACUGGUCAUCGCUGCCGUGACCUGUGCGAGCAAGUUCUUCUCUGAUGUUUUCUACACCAAUUCACGUUAUGCAAAGGUUGGUGGCCUUCCACUGGUGGAGCUCAACCACCUGGAACUACAAUUCCUCCUUCUCAAUGACUUCCGACUCGCCAUCACCGUCGAAGAACUAGAGUCGUAUGGGACAAUGCUCGUAGAGUUCUACGCACGCGAGGUUGUGACGCAACAACAACAGCAACAGCACAGAAGCCUCCCCCGGGAGAUCGCUCCCCCAGCACCCGACGCAUACUCUGAUGCCAUGUAUAUGCGAUCUCAGAAUAAGCCUCGCGGCCACGUCGAGUUCGGACAAACUCCGACGCCACCGUAG